UUUUUUUUUAUAUAAUUUAAAGUAAAGAACAAGGUGUAGAAGGAUCCCUGUAUGCCUGUUUAUAUCUGAUUCUGUUUAAACACUAAAUCUGAUACCAGUUGAACCAAACUUGUAGUUAUUUUUCCCCAAAUAGUUUCUGUGGUUGUAACAUCCCUAUCAGAAGAACCAGGACAGCACAGGCUGGAAGCAGAGGUAGAUGUUCCCAUCAGAGCAGACAGGGCUCCCACACCCACCCAUCAUCGCCCCCUCCGUGGAAACCCACCCUCUGUUACUCACCUCUAUCUCCACACAGACACUGUAUGCAGGGAGCUCUAAGUAAAGCAUGGCCAACUCCGGGAUCCAGCUGCUGGGCUUUUUUCUGUCUUUGGUCGGGAUCGUGGGGCUGAUCAUCGGGACCAUCCUGCCUCAGUGGAAGAUGUCUGCGUACAUCGGGGACAACAUCAUCACAGCCGUGGCAAUGUACCAGGGACUGUGGAUGUCCUGCGCCUUCCAGAGCACCGGGCAGCUGCAGUGCAAAAUUUACGACUCCAUCCUGCAGCUCGACAGUUCGCUCCAAGCAACUCGUGCCUUGAUGAUAGUUGGCAUCAUUGUGUCCGUCACGGGUCUGGGUGUGGCCUGUAUGGGAAUGAAGUGCACCACCUGUGGAGGAGGUGAUAAACUGCGCAAGUCUCGCGUUGCCAUGACAGGAGGCAUUAUUCUGCUUGUAGGAGGGCUUUGUGCCAUUGUGGCGUGUUCUUGGUUUGCUCACAACGUCAUCAGAGCUUUCUAUAACCCUUACACUCCGGUCAACACGAAGUUUGAGUUUGGAGCAGCCAUCUUCAUUGCUUGGGGUGGUGCCUUCCUAGAUGUUCUGGGUGGAGCCAUGCUGGCCGCCUCCUGUCCAAGGAAGAAGCAGUUAUCCAAGUACCCAAAUAUGGCCGGCUCUCGCUCCAGUCCACCUAGCAGCAAUAAGGAAUAUGUCUGAUAUCUCCCUCUGCCGGCUGGGACUGCUGGGUAAAAAAAAAUUAACGAAGCUGUGGAAGAAGUGCCCCCACCCCCAAUUGUUGCAGCAUCAGAUGAGCAGAACCAGAGAUGUGAGAGCAGCAGACAGAAACAAGCAGGACAGAAAUGAGACCUUUACUUUUUAUGUGCAGCCAUGGCUGUAAUGAGCAUUUAAUUGGCAUCCACUGCUCUGAGUUGUUCCAUCAAAGAUGUUUCAUACUCCAUCCACACAUUCCACAGUUGUUUACAACUGGUCUUCUCAAAUACAUUAUAAUUGGAUCCUCCUAUUUAAUACACAAGGCCUUCAGGGUGUGACCACUUGGGUUGCAGCCUAAUAUCAUGGAUUAAGGCCAAUCUUUGCAGCAGUAUGGCAGAACUAGCAUUUAUUAGCACAUGUCAUGUAAUUGAAAGCAAUAUGUUCCACCAUGGUGUGCAGGCUACAACUCUGUCCACGUGAUGAUAAGCAAAUGUUUUAUUAUAUCUGUGUGUACUAAAAUAGAUAUUAUGAUGAGCUCGGUGGGACUUCUCACACAGGCUUCAUUGUGUAAACUAUACCAAACAACACCCAUUGCUCUUCAGAUCAGCCUGUUAGAAACUCUGCUCAGAUAGAAAGAAAUGUUUGAUACUGUCUUUUACCCUGAUCAUACUUCUAUUUAUUUUGUCGAGGGUAAGUGUAGGUUUGAAGGAUCUGUAGCUUGAUUAUACGUAGUUUUUACACUGUUAUUCUCUGAGCUGUAACUCCAAUUUUGUUUUUCCAAACAUCUGGCUCUUCAUCCAGAAUAAUGGGAACAUAGAAAAUGUAUGAAAAGAGUAUUUUUAACAUGUCAAAACAUAGAGAAAUAAAAACACUGCAGUUGUA